GAUGCUUUCAUCCCGUUCUCUGCGGGACCUGCAAACUGCGUCGGGAGGCCUUUCGCGUUGCUCACUUUGAGGAUGGUGGUGGCACAUUUAAUGCAGUCAUUCGACAUGAAGUUAGAACCAUCACACAGUCUGGAGCAGUACGAGCACAACCUGUGUGACUUCUUCAUUCUCCAACAUGGGCCCUUG